GGACAGAGACAGUGAUUCCCACUUAAGAUCUCACACAGUCACUGCGCGAGUGAGAGAUAUAGGCAUCUCAAAACCCUAGCUCCGCCGUCACCCUCUCCUCUCUCUCUCCGUCCUCUCUCUCUCUCUCCAUGCAUGCAUAAUUGCAUAUACACACACUCCUCUCUCUCUCUUUCUCUCUUCAUACACUUGGUUAGAUACUGCUCCGAGUUAAUCUUUACUUUCUCCAGCUGUUCCCUCUCUCUCCUCUCGCUUCCUUCACCAGUUUCUGCAAAUCUGUUUUCAACAUGGCUUAUCCGAUGAACCGCUGCGAAAACGCGAUUUCCAGUCUUCUUCUACCUCCCUCCAAAUCCCAUCCCUCAAACCCCAACUCUUUCAGCCUCUUUUUCUACCCUAAGAAGCAACCGUCUUUAACCAAUUCCUCGCUUUUGAAAUUGCACAACAGAGUGACCUGUUUGCAAAACGAGAAACCCGUUUCUGCAAUAGUCAGCGAUUCGGACAACGGGGUAGGGUUUGUAAAACCCCAAUUGGGCAAACGAACGGACAUAAAGAAGAUCCUGAUACUGGGCGCAGGGCCAAUCGUAAUCGGCCAAGCGUGCGAAUUCGAUUACUCGGGUACGCAGGCGUGUAAAGCCCUGAAAGAGGAAGGGUAUGAGGUUGUUCUCAUCAAUUCGAACCCGGCCACUAUCAUGACCGAUCCUGAGUUGGCUGAUAGGACUUACAUUGCUCCCAUGACGCCCGAAUUAGUCGAGCAGGUGAUUGAAAAGGAGAGGCCCGAUGCCCUGCUGCCCACGAUGGGCGGGCAGACGGCUCUUAACCUGGCCGUGGCAUUGGCCGAGCGAGGGGCGUUGGAGAAGUAUCAUGUGGAGUUGAUUGGGGCGAAGCUCGAUGCGAUUAAGAAAGCGGAAGAUAGGGAUUUGUUCAAGCAGGCUAUGAAGAACAUAGGGAUCGAGACUCCUCCUUCGGGUAUUGGGAAUACUCUGGAGGAGUGUGUUGAGAUUGCCAGUUGGAUUGGGGAGUUCCCUUUGAUUAUACGACCCGCAUUCACUUUGGGUGGGACGGGAAGUGGGAUCGCUUAUAACCGGGAGGAGUUUGAAUCAAUUUGUAAGUCAGGGCUUGCUGCUAGCUUGACCUCGCAGGUUUUGGUGGAGAAGUCUCUGUUGGGUUGGAAAGAAUAUGAGCUUGAGGUUAUGAGAGACUUGGCUGACAAUGUGGUUAUUAUAUGCUCGAUUGAGAAUAUAGACGCGAUGGGUGUUCAUACCGGGGAUUCGAUCACUGUGGCCCCUGCGCAGACCUUGACGGAUAAGGAGUACCAGCGACUUAGGGAUUACUCGAUUGCUAUUAUAAGGGAAAUAGGAGUUGAGUGUGGUGGUUCAAAUGUUCAGUUUGCGGUCAAUCCUGAAGAUGGAGAGGUUAUGGUGAUUGAAAUGAAUCCUAGGGUUUCGAGGUCAUCAGCUCUGGCUUCGAAGGCUACUGGUUUCCCAAUAGCAAAGAUGGCUGCCAAGUUGUCAGUAGGUUACUCGUUGGAUCAUAUCCCUAAUGACAUCACUAAGAAAACACCCGCCAGUUUUGAGCCUUCCAUAGAUUAUGUGGUGACAAAGAUACCUCGUUUUGCAUUUGAGAAGUUCCCUGGCUCUCAGCCAAUAUUGACAACCCAGAUGAAAUCUGUUGGUGAAUCCAUGGCCCUUGGCCGCACAUUCCAAGAAUCUUUCCAGAAAGCUGUUCGAUCUCUAGAAUGUGGCUACUCCGGAUGGGGUUGUGCGCAAGUGAAAGAACUAGAUUGGGAUUUGGAUCAAUUGAAGUACAGCCUUCGAGUCCCUAACCCAGAUCGCAUCCAUGCUAUAUAUGCUGCAAUGAGGAGGGGUAUGAAAGUUGAUGACAUUCACGAGCUCAGUUACAUAGAUAAAUGGUUCCUCACUCAGCUUAAAGAGUUAGUGGAUGCGGAACAAUACCUUAUGGCUCAUAGUUUGUCUCAGUUGACAAAGGAGGAUUUUUAUGAAGUGAAGAGGAGAGGUUUCAGCGAUAAGCAGAUAGCUUUUGCAACAAAAUCCCCUGAAAAAGAAGUUCGAUCCAGGCGUUUGUCUUUGGGCAUCACUCCAGCAUAUAAACGAGUUGAUACCUGUGCUGCUGAAUUUGAGGCUGAUACUCCAUAUAUGUACUCUUCCUACGACUUUGAAUGUGAGUCAGCUCCUACACAAAAGAAGAAGGUUUUGAUUCUAGGGGGAGGACCGAAUCGAAUUGGUCAGGGUAUUGAGUUUGACUACUGUUGUUGCCAUGCGUCCUUUGCCUUGCAGAAUGCAGGCUACGAAUCAAUCAUGAUGAAUUCAAAUCCUGAGACAGUAUCUACUGAUUAUGACACAAGUGACAGGCUCUACUUUGAACCUCUGACAAUUGAAGAUGUUUGCAACAUUAUUGACUUGGAACGACCAGAUGGCAUUAUUGUACAGUUUGGGGGUCAAACCCCCUUGAAACUUGCUCUUGGAAUCCAACAAUACUUAGAAGAGCACAAGCCUUUAUGUGCGAGUGGGACUGGGUAUGUUCGCAUCUGGGGUACAUCACCUGAUUCGAUUGAUGCUGCUGAGGACAGGGAAAGGUUCAAUGCAAUCCUACAGGAACUAGAGAUUGAACAGCCAAAAGGAGGAAUUGCCAAGAGUGAAGCUGAUGCGCUUUCAAUAGCUAUGGAAAUAGGCUACCCAGUAGUCGUCAGGCCUUCUUAUGUACUGGGUGGAAGGGCUAUGGAGAUUGUGUAUAGUGACGACAAACUUGUGACCUACAUUGAGAAUGCUGUUGAGGUGGACCCCGAUCGUCCUGUCUUGAUUGACAAAUACUUGUCAGAUGCAAUUGAGAUUGACAUUGAUGCGCUAGCGGACUCGCAUGGUAACGUUGUGAUUGGUGGAAUAAUGGAGCACAUUGAGCAAGCCGGGGUUCACUCCGGCGACUCAGCAUGCUCUAUUCCAACAAAAACUGUAUCCUCUUCAUGCUUGGAUAUUAUCAGGUCAUGGACUGUGAAAUUGGCAAAGAGGUUAAAUGUGUGUGGGCUCAUGAACUGCCAAUAUGCUAUUACUGCUUCUGGGAAGGUGUUUUUGCUUGAGGCCAAUCCGCGUGCAUCUCGUACAGUUCCUUUUGUGUCCAAGGCAAUUGGGCACCCGUUGGCUAAAUAUGCUUCUCUUGUUAUGUCAGGGAAAUCUCUUCAUGACCUAGGUUUUACCAAAGAGGUAAUACCUCAACAUGUGUCGGUUAAGGAGGCUGUUCUUCCAUUUGAAAAAUUCCAAGGCUGUGAUGUCUUUUUGGGCCCUGAAAUGCGUAGCACAGGAGAAGUGAUGGGAAUUGCCUAUGAGUUUCCAGUUGCAUUUGCCAUGGCUUAUCUUGCCACGGGACAGAAGCUACCUGUUUCUGGCACUGUUUUCCUUAGCUUAAAUGAAAUGACAAAGCCCCACCUUGCCACAAUUGCUAGGGCUUUUAUAGGACUUGGAUUUAGUAUUGUUUCGACUUCUGGGACGUCACGCUUUCUUGAAUUGGAAGGCAUUCCGGUAGAGCGAGUGCUGAAGAUGCAUGAAGGGCGUCCACAUGCUGGGGAUCUGAUUGCAAACGGGCAGAUUCAAUUGAUGGUGAUCACAAGUUCAGGUGAUUCGCUUGACGAGAUUGAUGGAAUGAAGCUGAGGAGGAUGGCUCUUGCCUACAAGGUUCCGAUAAUAACAACAGUUGCUGGAGCUCUGGCUACUGCAGAGGCUAUAAGGAGCAUAAAAUCCAAGACUCUGGAGAUGGUUGCCCUUCAGGAUUUCUUCGACGUUGGGAAGGAAAUAAGGACGAAGAAUUUGCAGGCUGCUUCUUCCUCUCUUUGAAACAAUGGAUAUCAUAACAAUUAGAGGAUCCGAGUGUCUAAAUGGAUACGGUUGUCAAACACAUCGACACAGGUACUUGAACCGAAAUAAAGGAUCCAUGUAAGCUAAAUUCUAAAUGUUACACCUGUGUGACUUAACAGACUUGAUUGCUUUCACCCCAGUUGGGGUUUGAGCAUAUUGUUCCUUUUUGUUCACUUCUGAAACUGCUCGGGCUUUACUCGUUUCUGUCAUUCUACCGUAAUUUUAAAUUUUUCUUUGCAAAA